UCUGGGCACCACUAAGAAGGGGAUUGGUCCUGCUUACUCCUCGAAGGCCAAUCGCACGGGGCUGCGUAUCUGCGACCUGCUCGCUGACUUCGGGGAGUUCCAGAAAAAGUUCCUCCUCCUCGCGGGACAGUUCAAAUCGAUGUACCCCACCCUCGACAUCGACGCCGAAUCAGAACUCCAGCAGCUCAAGGUGUUUGCGGAGCGAGUACGCCCCCUGGUGACAGACGGAGUGUAUUUCAUGAACCAGGCCCUGCAGGGGCCUCCUAAGAAGAUCCUGGUUGAGGGGGCCAACGCUGCGCUGCUGGACAUAGACUUCGGUACCUACCCCUUUGUGACCUCGUCCAACUGCACGGUGGGGGGGGUGUGCACCGGCCUUGGCAUUCCCCCCAGAAACGUGGGCAAAGUGUACGGAGUGGUGAAGGCUUACACGACGAGAGUGGGGGUCGGGGCGUUCCCCACAGAGCAGGACAACGAGGUGGGAGCGCUGCUGCAGAGGCGCGGGUUCGAGGUUGGCGUGACGACGGGUCGCAAGAGGAGGUGUGGCUGGCUGGACCUGGUGCUGGUCAAAUACGCUCACAUGAUCAACGGCUUCUCAGCCCUCGCUGUCACCAAGCUUGACAUCCUGGACACGCUGGAGGAGAUCAAGGUGGGCGUGGCUUACAAGAUUGACGGGAAGACUAUCCCGAGCUUCCCAGCUAACAUGGAUGUGCUGAGUCGUGUGUCGGUGGACUUCGUGACUCUCCCAGGCUGGCAGACGAGCACAGAGCAGGCUCGCUCCCUGUCCGACCUGCCCCCCAACGCGCAGGGGUACGUGCGCUACAUCGAGAGCUUCCUGGAGGUCCCCGUGAAAUGGAUUGGAAUCGGAAAGUCACGGGAAUCCAUGAUCAAGCUCUUUUAAUCCGGAGGGAAUUCCCGGGAAGAAUCUCGGAACUUUCACCAGCUUCCAGAAUCAGGAACUCCAGAAUCCCGUUGUAAUCUCUGUUCCAUUUUGUACAGUUUUUUGUUUUUUUAUAUAUAAACAAGUUUGAUCUCAAAGUGAACGAAGAAGCCGAGUCAAGCAGACACGUUUCAGCUGUUAUUGAUUAUUGAUCCAUUGAUUGAUUCGUUGAGUUUUGCCCAAACGCUGGUCUGCUUGACUCGGUCUCUUCUAGUUUCAAUAAUCACACUGAUGAAGGCACUGGAGCCCAAACGCUGGUCUGCUUGACUCGGUCUCUUCUAGUUUCAAUAAUCACACUGAUGAAGGCACUGGAGCCCAAACGCUGGUCUGCUUGACUCGGUCUCUUCUAGUUUCAAUAAUCACACUGAUGAAGGCACUGGAGCCCAAACGCUGGUCUGCUUGACUCGGUCUCUUCUAGUUUCAAUAAUCACACUGAUGAAGGCACUGGAGCCCAAACGCUGGUCUGCUUGACUCGGUCUCUUCUAGUUUCAAUAAUAACACUGAUGAAGGCGCUGGAGCCCAAACGCUGGUCUGCUUGACUCGGUCUCUUCUAGUUUCAAUAAUAACACUGAUGAAGGCACUGGAGCCCAAACGCUGGUCUGCUUGACUCGGUCUCUUCUAGUUUCAAUAAUAACACUGAUGAAGGCAUAUUUAAAAGGGAAGAGUUCUGUGGUGUGUGCGUCUCUGUGCAAAAUAUUUUGACCCUUGCACUUCUGCAAUGAAUUUUACGCUGGUCAGUUUUAAUGCAACCUCUGUCUGUAAACAGAGAUUUAAAUCUUAAUGCAAUUUUGUUUUAUUUUAAGGUUCUUUUUCCUUACCCCCCCCCCCCCCCCCCUCCCUCUCCCAUACAAACCAACUAAUAAAACAUUUCAAUGAGAAAUAUAUUGUGUGCUAAGGUGUGUGUUUCUUCAGCUGCUUCUCCAGGUUUGCUGCCUCAGAGAGUCGCAGGAAGUCCUGGCUCGGGUGUUUCUGGUGACAGUUCUGCAGAUUUGACAAUCUCUCUCUCAUUUGAAUUUACAAAACAAAAACACACACGACAGCAAACAGCGAGGUUUAGUUCACAGAGUCUCUUUUAUUUCCCUCGUUUUCGUUCUCCAGGCAGCGAUGAUCACAAACAAGGCAAGUUUUGUUUUCUGCGUGAGUUUGUGUGUCUGUGUGUUUUGUUUUUAAUAUUUCAUUCAUUUUUAAAAGUAAAAACUUGAAAAAAAAAAAAA